GGAAAGCAGUCUGUCUCGCUCUAUGGAAUCUGUCAUGAGAAGUUUUGUGUGGUGAUCGCCAAGGUGCACUUUUGAGAUCGAUUUUCGCGUAAUUAGUGCCAUUUAUCCGACAGCAGCAGGUGGAAAACCAUGGCGAAUGGGGAGCGUCUCGUGUGGCUGGGCGUCACGUCCGUGGUGGUCCUGGCGCUGUGCGUGCAUCUCUCGUACAGCUGCAAUGAGAUGGUGUGCGCCUCCGUGGUGUCCAAGUGCAUGCUGACGCAGAGCUGCAAGUGCGACCUGAAGAACUGCAGCUGCUGCAAGGAGUGCUUCAGCUGCCUCUCCUAUCUGUACAGCGAGUGCUGCAGCUGCGUGGAGAUGUGCCCGAAGCCCAACGAGACGAAGAACGCGCUGUCCAAGAAGUCCCACGUGGAGGAGCUGGAGGGCGUGCCGGGACUGUUCAAUGCCCUCACGGAUGAGCCAGACGCUGAGGAGAAGUGGAGCAUCUUCACCUUCCCCGUCGACUUCGAUGCCGCUCUCUAUGGCGCCAAGCUCGAUCGCGAUCACACGUUCUACGUCCACUCGUCCGAGCAGGAGCUGGACGCCGCCGCGAAGAGCGACAAGAACAUCGUGACGCUCAACUGCACCGUCGCCUACUUGUCGCAGUGCAUGUCCUGGAACAAGUGCAAGGAUCACUGCAACAGCAUGGGCGCGACCAGCUACAGGUGGUUCCAUGACGGGUGCUGCGAGUGCGUGGGCUCCACGUGCAUCAACUAUGGGAUCAACGAGAGCCGGUGCCUCAUGUGUCCGGAGAGCAAGGAGGACGACUUCGAGGAGAUGCCGAGCGAGGACGAGCUGGACUAUGGCGAGAGCAUGGGGCCGCUCGAUGGCACGCUGGAGAACAACAUGUGAAGCCGGCGCGCGGAGGUGAAUCUCGCCGAGGCGCGGAACUCCUGCGGGACGUCGCGAGCCACAAGAAAAUUAAUACUCUCUUGCCAAGGAGCAUCGACUCCUUCACUUCCUGAGGAGUGUUUCUGCGUGCGUGUAUGUUUGUGUGUGUGUGUGUAAAGCAAAAUCGAACAACUUUUUACUUAUUAACUCUAUAAUGCUGAAGUCAUUGUAAAAGUGAGUACUUUUUUCCGAACAAAUCAACGUACUUGAAAUGUAAUUUUUAUUACAGUCUCGAUGUUUAAAAUAACUCUGAACUUAAAAAUGGGAAAAUUAUGUGCCUGCAAAAAGUGCCUCGAAUGAUGAUUAAGGGUUGUAAUCAUUCACAAAAGUAUUUCUUUUUUUUUUUGUUG